GCUCAUCAUGGAGCGACCCCAGAUCAACCGCAGAAAAGGCAACGACUAUCGUUAGCCUGUAAUGAAUGCCGCAAGAGAAAGGUCAAAUGCGAUUCUGAGAUGCCAAAAUGCCGCAAUUGUCGCAUAAGAGGACAUGUCUGCGAAACCACCGAUCCAAAACAUCCGGAGCUGGUUGUGGUCCGCAAAUAUGGCGCAAUGGAAGGCGACUUCCGCGAGAAUAGCUAUGGUAUGACCUCAGACCUCUCUCCAGCACCCGUUGCGCACCAUGAACCGAAAACACCUGUUUCGCUGCCAUGCGAACCAAGUGCCUCGUGGGUCGCGCGAUCGUACCAGGCGCACAGAACGCUAAAUACAGCUUCUAUUAUUCCGGCGGAGGAGAGCCCGGAAAUGACGGUGAACACUGACAGCAACAACGGUCGGCAAAAGGUCAUGGGUGGUAGCAGUCUACAAAGCCUUAGCAUGUUCUUAGACCUCUACCUGCGACGAUCAGGGCUGGCAGGUAUUGGCUCGUGUUUCCGACACGGUAUGAGCUUUUGCGAGGAAUACGUUCUACCACUUUCACUAUCUUUGCCCGAUCUUCCUCCUCAUUCCUUGAUGGAGCGAUAUAUUCAGGCCUAUACACGAAGCAUACAGCCUUUAUACCCGGUCCUUCAGCUUGAACAGCUAUAUGCUGAGGUUCACCGCAUUCGCUCAUACCAGGACGCAAGUUGGAGCCCUUCAGGAGGAUCAUUCCUCCAGCCGACCGACGUUCCAAUCUUAGCCUGCAUCUACUGCGUGAUCAGUUUGGGAUCCGAUGAAGCGGCCGGGGCGCUGACAGAAGCCGGGAGCAACUACCUCGCAGCAGCAUAUGGACUAUACGCACACUUGGUCGGGCUGCCUCACCUCAGCAGCGCACAGGCCCUUGUUCUGAUUGCACUGGCUCUGCAGUCAAGAGGGAAAGAAGGCCAAAGUUGCCAGGUGUUGGGGUCUGCUGUCAAGAUAGCGCAUAGCAUCGGUAUACACCGGCACAUCUCAGCUCAUGGCAACUCACACGAGCCUUCACAUAGACAGGAACUCCAUGCUCGUAUAUGGUGGACGUGCUACGCGAUAGAGAGACUUUAUGAGCUAGAAACGACCCGCCCAUCAUCGAUCCCACAUGGCGAGCACGAUCCUUUCCAACCGGAUCGAGUACUAAGCGCAACGUCACAGGCCGAGCUGAAGUAUUUCGUAUAUUGGGUCUCCCUGACGACGAUUUUUGAGCGCAUCAGCGGGCUCCUCUACAGGCGCAAGCGAAGCCCUGAGGGCAGUCUGCAGCUCCUACAAAAUAUCGGUAUGCUCGACCGGGCACUUCGUGACUGGAAGAACUCGCUUCCAGAGGACAUUCGCCCAGACUGCGACUUUUACUGCGUCGAAAACGAACGGCCGUUUGCUACCUUUCUCGCCUUGCACUACCAUCAGGCACUCAUUACUCUUCACCGCGCCUCUCUCGUCCUCCCGCAUGACCAGUUUCUCGAGAAAAUCGAGACCCACGCAGAAAAUCUGCCAUACCACCAACGACUUCGUAAUGGCGCUUCGCUAUGCUCUGCCUCAGCCUGCGCGACCAUCAAACUCAAUGCCAACAUAAAUGGGAGACUACAGACACCGUUGCAUACGCUCACACAAAUACUCCAUGGCUGCAUCGUGCUCGGACUCAGCAUCUUGAGGCAGCCACACUCUCGCACUGUACGCUCGGACCUCGAGCUGCUCGUCACUGGCACUCAGCUAGCCGAAGGCGAAUACUGCAGGCUCGGUCAGCAUCCCCUCUUCAUCGAAGCUUGCUCCACCCUGCGUCGCUCGAUCAGU